ACGUUCACAAGACCUCCAAGUUCAGAAGGUAUGGAUUCCUUCACAUGGACGUCUAUACUUUCCGGCUGUGGGAGAUGUACGUGUCAACAGUCAGGUCAGAGUAUUUUCAGGGCCUUACGAAGUUGGAGACAAAGAACAAGCUUGUUUUUGGCCGCUUUGAGAACAGCGACGGUAUGGUGCAGCCGUCGAACAUCAACCACUGGGUACAGGACGCUUGGAGAAAAUCGGGCAUGCAGGACCUGUAUCCAGAUUACCACUUCUCCCUCACUUUGAACCGGAAGCGGAUUACCUUGGUCAGAAGGAUGGCGGACCAGCAAAGGGCACAUGAAAUAGUUGACUUUCUGAAGCACAACAUGUCAACCGCGAACCGGCACUACGCGCCGAUCGAGCAGUUGGAACAGUCACAGAAAACCUACAGAUGGUUUCAACUACACGUUGCCUUGAUGUCGGCCACAGCAUCCGCCACCAACCCGCAAAUGCCAAACCGCCCUGAUGUCGCGCUGGCUAAUAGACGCCGGUUUGGUCUGGGCCCUUCCAUAGCCUCCGCUACUGCACUAAACUGGAGACGAACGUUCUACACGAGGGCCUCCCCAUCAUGUCAGGUACUGACAGUCACAGGGCCGCCCUACGACGGAUACGGCAUUGUCGGAGGGGAAGGAGACUGGGGACACGACAGCCGGAAUUCCUAGAUGUGCAACAGCCUCCCAAACUGCACCAAACCCGAACAACUACGACCCAAAUGAUGACAUUCCAUUGACGUCGGAUACA